UCUCCGUAUUCGCUAGUUGACAUAACUACCAAGUACAUUCUCCACACCACGACUCUUGUCACGCCGCACUCCUCGGCCUGUUGGAUUUCCGUCUACACAUCAAACAUAUUUCAGACUGCAAGCAUGGAUCCUCGUCACAAUGGACAGGAUCCUAAUCGUAAUACACAGCAACAUCAUAGGUUUUCAUGGCAAACGCCACCAGAAACACCACCUGAACAGAAUGCCCAUGUCCAGCAACAGCACCAUCAGUACAAUCAGCAGGUACAACAGCAACAGCAUCAACAAUACAACCAACAACAGCAACCCGCAAGAAUUCAUACUGAAGUAGACGGUCAACUACAUAACCGAACAUUCUCCUACGCACAAACACCGGCUGAGCACAUCGCUUUCCAGUAUAUACCGUCUCCCAGCGAUGUUCCUCCAGUGCCACAGAUGCCCACGCCAAUUGAUCCAAGACCAGCUUCGUAUUACAUCCCGCACCAACAAACCGCCCAGCCUCAGCCUAGCAUGGCGUCGCCACCAUACGAAGAACACCCAGUUGUCUCCCCUCUUCUCCCACACACUCACAAUAGAACUUCGCAACUGUCACCAAUCUCACCCGUUACUGUACCCGAACAAACCCAUGCGCCCGAAUCGCAAACACAACGUACGCAGCACGCAAGGAACUUGAGCAACCUUUCACCCAUCAACACAAACUUAAGACAACAAAGCUACCCUCAGAUGCCCCAGAUGCCCCAGCCCAAUCCCGGAGACGCCACAAUCACCAACACUCUAACGCCCAUCUCUCCCAGUUCCAUCAAGAAAGAGCCCCUGGAAGACAACCGCCCUCCCCUAUCCCCAACCAGCAAAGCAUCCUAUGCGCACCAACCCUACUCCCCCCAUGGCCUCUCCUCUUCCAUGAACACCCGCCAUGCCGUCUUCUCCCCAGACUCCGCCCACGGCCCCAACGGCCUAGACUUCUCCCUCCACCGACCCGGCCAAAUCGCCCACCCAAACAUGGACCUCUCUACCUCCGGUUCGAAGCAAAGCUGGAAAUCCUCCCUCUGCUCAUGCACCCCAGACGUAUCAACCUGUCUCACAGGCCUCAUCUGCCCUUGCAUAAUCUACGGACGAACCUCCUACCGCCUCUCCCAAAAAUCAGAUAAAAAAGAUCCCACGGAUUUAUUGAGCCACAGCGCUACCAACGGCCAUUGCAUGAUUAUGGCGCUUAGCUGCGGAUUCUGGUGGUUAUAUCCUAUGCUUCAGCGCACGCGACUGCGGCAUUUGUAUAAGUUGGAAGGGGAUCUGGUGGGCGAUUGCGUUAAGGCUGCUUGUUGUUGCUGCUGUGUUGCUGUGCAGAAUGAGAGGGAGGUCAAGACGAGGGAGGAGGCGACGCGGAGGUGGGCUGGGCCGGCUAGUAGUGAGGUUUAUGGACGGGAGGCGGGCAUGAAGUAUGCGCCGCAGACAUAGAAUGCACCUAUGUACGCAUGUAUGGAGAAGAGGGGGUGGAUCAGAGACUGAAGGAAUCGCACAUAGCUUUUAUGAUAGUUUUAAUGAUACCCGAUUUGAUUGAUCUCUAGCCUUAAUUUUGCCUUGUAAUGAAGAGUAUGUCAUGAUAAGCGUUCCCUACGCGCUUUGCAGGGCUUUUCAAAAUGAUUAUGUUUCUCGUAAAACUGGAAACGUAUUAUCAGUAUCUAGCUACGCAGACUUCAUCAAAGUUUAUUAGAAACGUCAUAGAUACGUUUGAGCUUCGAUGUUGGGCUGUUUUGCGGCCUCGUGCUCAACCUUCCUGAUAAGGAAGACGACCACCCCACCUCUUGUUGCUGCUAUUGAGAAUCCCCAUUUGAUUCUUCGCAUGCAAAUAAAUAAUACGGAAAUUCUAGUGAAUAGGAAGGUGUAUCAACUUGACAUAUGUCAGCUUCAAGUGCUGUAAGUAUAAAAAUCAUGCUCGUGACGAUUAGGAGGAGUUAUCCGCCAACCUUCCUAAUUGGGUAAGAGGUCUUCAACCGUCGAUCACUGUGACUUGAAAAAGGACUGUCGGUGCUCAACCAAAAAUUGAGCAACCAAAGUAAAUUGGCGAUAAUGCGUCAACGUAUAUUUGGAUACCUUUUCUCUAAUUUGUUCAAAGACAUUUUGCGUGUUCAAGAACCAUCUCAUCAUAUCCUCUCCAUUGGAAAUGAAAUCAAUAGACAUGUAUGCGACUGGUAGCACUUCUAAGCUUCCUGGUCUGAAAGGGUCAGAUUCGUAGGGCGCCGAUCGCCAUAGUGAGAACAGCCGCCUUGAUCGUCACACUAAUCCCAGACAUGAUGGCCAAAACACCAAUGGUCUAUUAUAACUUGGGAUAACGGUUUUAGAUAUAAAAUUGAAAGGUUUGAGGUCACUGACAUCAUAAGCGUCAGGAUAUAGUUGGUCUGCUGAUCGUACUGCAAUUCUGGUCGUUGCUAAAACACAGGCUGAAGCGGAGCCUCAGCCUCGUCACCUCUAGUGCAAGCGAUCACACCGCAUCAUGAUCAACAGUGAUUAUUUCGAGACUGAUUACACACAACCUUGUAGCUUGGGACUUAUGAUUUUUUGUUUUGACGAGGUGCAAUUAUUUCUUGGCUCGGGACUGCUGUUAUCGCGUUGCCCAAGUGGUGUUCU